GGGGGGUGCAGCAGUCAUAAAUAUUCAUGUUGUCUUUGUUUGCUUUUGUGUGUUUGUGUUUGCAGGCCCUCAGACGCUGAUGGUUCCCGAGGGACUCUCGCUCCAUCACCGAGGGUGGUGCUGAUCAUCAGGAUUCCCUGCGAGAACACAGCAUGCCUGCUUGAGAUGAGUGACACAGGAAGAGCCUUCAUCUCGGGACCAGGAAGCUGAUAAACCAUGGAUCGGUGGUACGUUUUGUGUGUGAUGCUGUUGGGGGUUUUGGUGCGGGGGCAACACUGCCCAGGGCGCUGUAUCUGCCAGACGAUUUCCCCAACCCUGACCCUGCUAUGCGCCAAAACCGGCCUCCUAUUCGUACCCCCAACAAUCGACCGCAAGACCGUGGAGCUGAGGCUGACAGACAAUUUCAUCACGGCCGUCCGUCGAAAGGACUUCUUCAACAUGACAAGCUUGGUGCACCUGACCUUGUCCCGGAAUACCAUCAGCCAGAUUGCCCCGCAUGCCUUUGUGGGACUCAAGGCACUGAGGGCCCUGCACAUGGAUGGUAACCGACUGACCGAUAUAAGGAAUGACCAGCUAAAAGGUUUGAUCAACUUGCGGCAUCUAAUCCUGGGCAACAACCAGAUCCACCACAUCGACACUUCCUCUUUCGAUGAGUUUGUGUCCACUAUCGAGGAUUUGGAUUUGUCUUAUAACAACCUGAGGACGUUGCCUUGGGAGGCUAUUGCCAGGAUGACCAACAUAAACACGCUAACUCUGGAUCACAAUCUCAUCGACCACAUAGGAGCCGGAACAUUCACCCUCCUUACCAAACUGGUUCGACUGGAUAUGACCUCGAACCGCUUGCAGAAACUGCCCCCAGACAGCCUCUUCCAGCAUGCCCAGGUGUUGUCCGACCCCAAAGGCUCCUCCAGUUCCUCCCGGCUGACCGUGAGCUUUGGUGGGAACCCACUCCACUGUAACUGUGAGUUGCUGUGGUUGCGCAGGCUUACAAGAGAGGAUGACUUGGAGACUUGUGCCUCACCUGAGCACCUGAUGGACAAGUACUUCUGGUCCAUUCAGGAGGAGGAGUUUAUCUGUGAGCCCCCACUCAUCAUCAAGCACCAUUCCACAAAGCCUUAUGUGAUGGAGGGACAAGGAGUCACCCUCAAGUGUAAGGCCAUGGGGGACCCAGAUCCUGCUAUUCACUGGCGUUUUCCUGAUGGCAAGUUGGUACACAAUAACUCGCGUACCAUCUUGUAUGAUAACGGCACUCUGGAUAUCCUGAUUACCACCCUGAAAGACAGUGGUGCAUUCAACUGUGUUGCCUCCAAUGCAGCUGGCAUCGCCACCGCAGCUGUAGAGAUAAACAUGAUCCCGCUGCCAUUGUUCGUCAACAACACUGGUCACAUGAGGGAGGACCCUGGCCUCUCUGACAUAACCACCUCCACCAAAUCUGGCAACAACGACACCAAGCAGGAUAAGAGGGUGGUGGUGGAUGAGCUGACAUCCAACUCCGCCAUGACAUGGCCAUCUGAGCGACACAUCCCUGGAAUCAGGAUGUACCAAAUUCAGUAUAACAGCACCAUGGACGACACAUUGGUUUACAGGAUGAUCCCAUCAGAGAGUAAGACGUUCAGGAUCAGUGACCUGGCGGCCGGUCGCGAAUAUGAGCUGUGCGUCCUGGCUGUUUAUGAUGAUGGCAUCACCUCCCUGACAGCCACUCGUGUGGUGGGCUGUGUCCACUUCCGCACAGCUCCUGAAGCUGGCCAGUGCCGCUUCGUCCACAGCCAGUUCCUUGGCGGCACUAUGAUCAUCAUCAUCGGUGGAGUCAUCGUGGCCUCUGUUCUGGUCUUCAUCGUCAUCCUCAUGAUCCGCUACAAGGCCUACGACAGCUCCAAGGCUAAGGCUGGCACCAGUGGUAACACUGGUAGUAAUUCUAGCGCUAACAUCCACGGUCAUUCACAGACCAAUGGGAACCGCAUAGGACAUUCUGGGUCAAAGCAGCAGCAGCAGGGGGUUGACGAACGCUCCCGUCGAAGGGAGUCCCAAGCCGGAACAGACUGCAAGGCCCUGGUUCUUCUUAGCCUAGAAAACGAAACUCAAGAGGAGCUAAAGGUGCAGCUGCCUCCACUAAGUCCAGAGGCACCCAUCCCAUCUGCAUCUGCGCCUGUCCCAUUACCACCAGGGUCUCGUCGGGCAAGUUUGGGAAACCCCCCUUCUGAGGACACCCAAACGGACAGCAGCCUGACGGGCUCCACCAUGUCCCUGUGCCUGAUCGGCUCCAAGGUGGGCGAGGAUGUGCCCCCGCCACGGGCCCGGGAUAGCCGGAAGGGGGCACUUGGUGGAAUGGGGCUGCUCCCGGGCGAACUGGCCAGGACCAGGCACCGCUUCUCAUUCGAUGGCGAUUACGCCCUGUUCCAGAGUCACAGCUACCCCCGAAGGGCGCGGACCCGCAGACACAAGUCCAGCACUAACCUGAACACUGACGCCUCGCCACCCGCCAGCCGCAGGGUCACUUUCAGCAGCACCGAGUGGAUGCUGGAGAGCACCGUGUGA